CUAACGUGUCAAUUUGCAACCUUGAGUUACUCGUUCUUACUGAACGCUGGUUUUGUUGUAGUUCCAGAUAGAAAUAUAUAUGUUUAUACAUUUAAUAGGGUUUAAUAUUUCAUAGUAAAUUAGAAAUCUCAGGACAGGCGCUAUGGCUCGUAAGAAACGGAUAAGGUGGAUUGCAGCUAUGGCCAAAAAGAUCCGUGAAUACAGGGAACUGAAGAACCGGCCACGGGACUCGCAGCGCUAUGCCUUGGACUACGAAACAAUGACGCGACCUUUUACUGGUAAACGGCUUCCAGUUCUGGCGUGGGAGAAUGUUAGAGUCGAGAAUCGUCUUUUUCAGCUUCUUAACAGAUUGAAACUGUUUGGUAUCGGUCGAAUAGUGACUCGGAAGUCGUGGCUCUGUGAUUACGAAGAGCCAUGUUUCUGGACCAUUACCAAAGUGAAAGUCGAUUAUACAGCCGAGAAUCUGGACCAUGGAAAAGCCUGGGGAGUCCUUACUUUCAGAGGAAAGGAGGAGAAAGAAGUGAAGGAGAUUGACAAAGUAAUGUACCAUGACUGGCGGCUUGUGCCAAAACAUGAAGAAGAAGCUUUUAAAGUCUUUACACCAGUACCAGAGACAACAAUUCGGUAUUUGCCUUACCCCCCACUCUUGCGAGCCAUGAUUCUUGCUCAAAGACAAAAAGAAGGCAAGUCCACAUCAGAGGAACCACUGCUGGAUUUGGAAAGAUUUGCAUCAUUCUCUAAAGACUUGCCAAGAAACCAGGAGAUCCAGCAACAAGAGGGGACCCCUGUAUAAAACGUGGCUAUUUUGUACAGUUGUAGCACAGUUUAUAGUUAGUGUAUGUGUUCACAUAGAUACAGAAAUUAGUUUUUCAUGGUUGUUUCCUUCCAGUCUUGUGCGUAAAGUACAUAUUUUUUGUUAUUGUUACUUAAAAGAAAGAGCCAGAGAUGCAGACACAUAAAUGGCAAUUACAUAGAAUUGUCAGUGUAGGCAGAGGUAAGUUUUGUGGGGAAGAAUCACUUCAGAUUACUAGAGAGACUUAUGAAUACAAGAAACUUGGUGUGUUUAGAUGACAGUAAUAGUAUCCAUACCUGAAGCCACUUCUGCUUCCACCCCCAAUUUGUUGGUAAUGGAGAACUUUGGGAGCAGAGCAGCAUUCUUAGCCAGCAUCCCUUGCCUGCCUUCUACCUGUCAAAUUCCGGCUUUCUCUUUUUGGAGAUUUAGGUAUUUUAGUUCUUUAACAGCUGAACUAAAAGUAGUGUACAUAAUGAUUUUUAAACUGCAGAAAAAAAGGAAACUGUAUUGGCACCCCACACAGUAAAGUAGUUUGCUAAAGAGGUAGCAUUGGUGAAAUGGCAGUCCAAGUACCAAUGAGGUGACCCUUUCCAUAUACUUCCAUUUCAAUAGUAUGUAGUGACAUAUUCCAGUCAUUUUUGGAACUCAUUGCUCAAGUAUAGUGAUGAUGUAUUUGAGGCCAGUAGCUAAAAUGCUUCAGUCUAAACAAAACUGAGGUCAGCAGUUCCUCAUCUGUGCACAUCCAUAUGUGAUGUUAAUUAAACAUCAUCAUAAAACAUGAAAGGGGGGUGGAAAGUAGCAGGGAUUCAUGGGCUACCCUGCUGUUUUAUCUACUAGACCUUAAAUAUUCUAGUUGGCUAAAAUUUAACCAUUGUAUAAAUCUAUCCUUUCCUAGUACCAAGAUGAGUAGAUCUACACACCUUCAUAGUAACUGCUUCAGGUACCAAGGCUUCAUAAUCAAAGAAAAGCUCAAAACUUUUGAUGAACAAUUGCAUUACUAACAGAGUUUAUCUUUGCAGUAACUUUUGUGCAUGGUAUCCGUUUCAUGAACGAGUUGCCAGCUAUAAGUGCUCAUCGGACUGAAUUGCUACUGUGUACCAUAAUUAUUUUAUUUGAAUGUAGUAAUUUUAUACUUGCAGGAUUUGCUUUAGACCAAAAGUAUAAUAAAACCAAUGACAUUCUAUAACUGAUUCAUUUCUAAUGAGAAUGUACUCUGUCUUGGUUGCCUUUUUGGGUAAAUGAAAGUAUACCAGCACAUUUCAGGGGAUUUUUUUUCCUCCCAUGAGGUGGUGUUAACUCAAAUGCAAACAAAUUGUGCAUUCUAAACCUAAUUAAACUGUUUAGGUUGUUCAGAGAUGCAUUUCAGUGCAAAAACAUGAAUGUGAACUAUAGAACUAGCCAUAUUCCAUGAAACUUAGUUGAGAGAAAACAACUCACAGUACUUUCAAAGUGCUAAGCAUCGUGACUUUUCAGUUAGUUUUAGCAACCUUUAUAACUCACAGUAGUAUAUAUUAAUAGAUGUUGGACAAGUCUGUUUUGUUUUUGACAAAAAUGAGUUCACUGUAAGGAAAAAAGGGUACAUUUUUAUAUUUAAUGAUUGCUAUUAAAAUUGAAUUAAACCUAUAUUGAUCUA